GUAAAAGUAGAAAGAAGAAAAAAAGAUGCGUCGAUCGGCGAGCGCCUCCAUAGUUUCCGACCAACUCUCAGCGAAUUCUCCUUCGCCAUCACCAUCUCCGCCGCGAAUUAAAACCUCCGCAGAUUCGGAUGAUAGCCACCUUCUUUUGCCUAGGUACGAUCCCAACUCUCAUCCCGGGAAGAAGAACAAAUCGCGAUUCAGAUCCGCCGAGAACGCUAUCCAUUUCAUUCCGAUCGUACUCAUUCUCUGCGCAGUCAUACUUUGGAUGUUUUCGAAUCCAGGUAACCAAAUUCAAUUCCUCGGAGACAAAUCCUCUGUUCAUGUUCGAGAAUCUCUGUAAUUUUUAAGGUUUUGGUUGUGACUUGUAUUUCUAUUGUCUGAUUUGUUCACAGUAGCAAAGAUCAAACAGUGACAAAUUGACAUGGUGGAAGACAGACUUUGAUUAGGUCAAGCUUUACUCUGUUCUUGUUGAGACAAUUUUCUCACAAAUGUUAGCUUCUAGAAUUACAUUGUAUGAUUCUUUUACAUUCAAUCACAGAGUUUAUAUUGUUCCUAUGAUUAUACAUUGUUCAAGUCUCUCUAUUCAAUGGAUCUCACUAUAUAUAC